CCUUUCCUACCACAGUUUGGCAAGAUGAUCUCACACACGCCCCUUCUCUGGCUGCUGGUUCUCUGGAUUCAGGACUCCUCUGGGCAAAUUGUGAUGACUCAGUCUCCGGAAUCUCUGGCAGUGCCAGUGGGAGAGAGAGUCUCUAUCAACUGCAAAGCCAGUACGAGCAUCAGCACUUGCCUAAACUGGUACCAACAGAAACCUGGACAAGCUCCCAAACUUCUUAUCUACGGCGCUAGCAGCCUCCAGUCGGGGGUCCCAGCCCGGUUCAGCGGCAGUGGGUCUGGCACUGAUUUCACAUUCACCAUCAGCAGCGUAGAAGCUGAUGAUGCUGGAGAUUAUUACUGCCAGCAAUGUAACAGCUUACCUCUCACAGUGAUACAGACCAAUACAAAAACCUCCCUACUCUCUGCAGUGUACAUUGCAGUUACCGUUUGUUGCGGAUGUUCCAAUGGACAGAUUGUGAUGACUCAGACCCCAGAAUUCCUGGCAGUGUCUCCUGGAGACAGAGUCACCAUCAACUGCAAAGCCAGUUCCAGUGUUAGUAGCAACAUGGCCUGGUACCAACAGAAAUCAGGGCAAGCUCCUAAGCUUCUUAUUCGCAGCGCUUCCACCCGCCCCUCUGGAGUCCCAGACCGGUUCAGUGGCAGUGGGUCAGGCACUGAUUUCACAUUCACCAUCAGCAGGGUUGAAGCUGAUGAUGCUGGAGAUUAUUACUGUCAGCAGUAUAACAGCUUCCCUCUCACAGUGAUACAGACCAAUACAAAAACCUCCCUGCUCUAUGAAGCAUGA